GCUGAACGGAGCCUGUGUAUCGCGACAGAGGAGAUCGCGACAGAAGAUAUCGCUACUGAGAAGCUGUGAUAGCGGCAGCUCCGCCGCUCGGAUUACCGCUCGUAGGGCUUCCGUGCCAUCCAUUGGAUUAUAUCGCGAUAUGACCCUGGAGGAGCUGCUGCCGUGCGACAGCCCCAGGAUGCGCGCGGUGGGAGCAGCGGUGGAGCGGCUGUUGGCGGCGGCGCAGCGCAGCGCUCGGCUCAGCGUGGGGGUCUACGAGGCCGCCAAGCUGCUGAACGCGGACCCCGACAGCGUCGUGCUGUGCGUGUUGGCCACCGACGAGGAGGACGAAGGCGACAUCGCCCUGCAGAUCCACUUCACGCUGAUCCAGGCCUUCUGUUGUGACAAUGACAUCCACAUCGUGCGCGUGGCCGGCAUGCGGCGCCUGGCGGCUGUGCUGGGAGAGCCGGCGCCGGGAGCCGAGCCUCGCGAUUUGCAUUGCCUGCUGGUCACGAUGCCCCACGCAGACGCCUGGCAGAGCCACGGUUUGGCCGAGGUGGCGAAUUACUGCGCCGAGAGCCGCGACCGCAACCAAUGGGUGCCGGUGGUGCGGCUGCAGGAGCGCUGAGCGCCGGGACGGAGAGCGGAGCUGCGGGGAGCACAGAGCCGCCCCAGCGCCCCGAGCACAGACAGGGAUUUUUCUGUCCAACCGGAGAGGAACGCGGAGCGCCCGGCGCGGCGGUGGGCACAGCUGUGGGGCUGAGCCCGGGGCAGCCGUGGGGCGCACAGGUCCCGUUUUGGGGGGGGUCCCGUUUUGGGGGGUCCCUUUGAGCGCCCUUGCAGCGCUCGGUCCCUUUGGUGAUGGAGGAGGAAGGAUUCGGCCGAACUUCAUCCUGGGACGGCGCGGCGGUGGUGACGUGGAUGGACGUGUGACGCUGUUUUUUGGUUUAUUUUUUGCACUCGAGCCACUGGGGAGACCCUGCCCCGAUCCCACCACAGAGUCUAUUCUUGUACUGAUCGCAGAACAACUUUUGGUUUUGUUUCGUUUUGGUUUCUUUUUUUUUCCAAUAAAUUUUCUAACCUCA